AAUUAUUGUCAUUAAAGUGAUUCGAACGUGAGAAGUGAUUGUUUUUUCAUUGGUUGAUACAAUUAACCAUGCCAGUGCAUUGUCAUUUUACAAUAAAAUCCAAGAAAAUAUGCUUUUUGCGUCUCUGACUAUAAUUAUCCACUUUUAGUUCAUUUUAUGUAUGAGCACUCUGAACAACAAAGAGUCCAAGAAGACAACAAGAACAAAACCAUGAGUGACCCAAGCGGCCAAUCUUCAACAACAACUGUCGGUGGAGACGGCGGUGGUGGUAAUAGCGGCGGCAGCGGUGGAAGCGGAAGCUCGUUUGCUAGUCAGCCGCAGAGAGCAAAGGUGAGGAAGCAAGUGUGGGCUGGAGUUCUCAGUAUCUCUUCCGCCUCCUCUAACAAAUAAUAUUUUCACUUUUGGCAAAAAAAUGUUGGUGGUAAUUGUAAUGCUUUUGAUCAUUGUUCUUGUUAACUUAACUGUGUAUAAAUAAGCUAGCGAGAUCAUGACCAUCAUCAUCAUUACUGUAAUGAGAUAUUGAAUAUAUAAUUUUGCUUUCAACUC